UUUAAGCAUGGAACAACUAGUGGAAGAGCUAUCUUUACUUUUGCUCAAUGGGACUCUAUUAAAGGAGGUCCAGGAGACACUAAACGAGUUAAAUACACCUGCAAAAUCUAGCUUCUUGACUGCCCUACGGAGGAGUAUUGAGAAUAUAAAAACAGGAGACUACAACAGCUCACAUGGCUGGAUUCAAGUAGCAAUGGAUUGGUCCUGGGAACAACUUCACGCAAUGCACUGGAAGGACCUCCCCAUCUCUUACAGGAGACUAUAUGCAUAUACUGCAAUUUUGGAUGCCAUGGUGUAUUGUAAGGAAGAGAGAUACAGCAAUGCAAUGGAGGCCAUUGAUAGGGGCCUUCUGUUAGGUGCACCAGUGCUGAAUGACUCUUUACAAAGAUGGGGCAGUGCUGUGAGCACUGUUAUAAGAGAAACUAACUAUAAGAGAAAAGGACAACCUGAAUUUGAUGAAAAGAUUAGCUCUCUUCCUACGAAGAAACUUAAAAAUGCAGAGCUGUAUCCUGCUGAUGUCAUCAAUACUAGUGUUGAAGUCCUCCAUUCACCUCCUUCCCUGUUGCAUUUUAAAGAGGACUAUAUGAAGAAAGAGAAACCUGUACUGAUUAAAGGCUGUAUAAACCACUGGCCUGCUAUGUCAAACAGGCAAUGGAGCAUUGACUACAUUAAGAGUGUUGCUGGAGCCAGGACAGUCCCUAUUGAGGUAGGAUUGAGAUACACUGAUGAAAACUGGAAGCAAGACCUAAUGAGUAUAGGAGACUUCAUUGACAAAUUCAUUCUCCUUGAAAGUGAAGAGAAAGAAGGAGAAAAAGCUAAAGGAUAUCUUGCUCAGCAUCAGCUAUUUGACCAAAUACCAGAGCUAAGAAAGGACAUAUGUAUACCAGAUUACUGCUGUCUGAGUCUUAAUGAGAGUGCUCCUUCAGAUGCUGCUUCAUCUGAUGAUGUCUCCAUUAAUGCUUGGUUUGGCCCCAAAGGAACGAUUUCUCCUCUACACUUUGACCCGCAGCAUAACCUACUAGCUCAAGUCAUUGGGGAGAAAUAUAUAAAACUUUAUUCUCCUGAAGACACUCCAUUACUAUAUCCACAUGAAACCCUAUUAACUAACACUAGCAAAGUGGAUGCAGAAUUCCCUGAUCUAAAUACUUUCCCUCUCUUUUCAAAAGCUACACCGCUUGAGUGUCAUUUGACAGCUGGCGAUGUAUUAUACAUCCCACCAAAACACUGGCAUUACGUGAGGUCACUGACUGUAAGCUUCUCAGUCAGUUUUUGGUGGAAAUAAAAGAAAAUCAUUUUUUACUUCUUAAUGUUUCCUUAUAUACACUACAUAUAAGAUUAUACUUCAUUUUAUCAUAGAUAUUAGAGUAAAUGUAGUCCUGAGUUGUUUGAAUCCAAACUGUCUUGAAGCAGUAGGAGGGACAUUUACUCUAUUAUCUCUAUGAUUUCAUUUAUGUAAUAUAUAUACUUCAUUUUAUAAGAAUUGUAGUUGCUAUGUGCAUUCUAUAAAGCAAAAUAGCAACAAUAACAUGUUAA